UUCUGCUGCCCACACUCAGCACUUCCGUCGCCCGGUCCCCGACUCCGUGUGUCUGCUGUCUCUCGUCUCCGUCUCCCUCUCCCCGUCCGCUACACUCUUACUUCGACCCUCCGGCUACCUGUCCUACUUCCCAUCCUAUUUAUUUACUUUACUCUGCUUCCCCUCCCUGUUUACAAUGUCUUCGUCUAGCCCUUUAGCUCCUCUUCGGAAUCAUACUCUUCCCCAGCCCCGGCCCCCGCGGGACUGAAAGGGAAGCUCUCUUCUUCCGUCUAUUUUUCCAUCGACCGUCUCCCGCUGCCAGCAGUCCCAAUCCCAAUCCCAAUCCCGAACAGCCCAACUACAUACCACUCCGUACACCGAUUGAAAUCUCUCCUCCACUUGCUCCAAUCUCCUCCUGUCCUCGUCCUCAAAUAGAUAGAUAGCUCGCCACUUUUGUUACCUACCUCUCAUCAACCCCGAUCAUCCGCCCUUCGUCCGAGGUAGCACCCACAGAUAGCGGUGUGCAGCUCGAAAAGCAAAGCUUUGCCCGACCCCGUUUGCGAAGAGAAGAGCAGAAUUCCCCCGUUGAUCGAAUUAUUUCCUCGCACGAGAACAAAUACUCUACCUCCUUUAACGAAGAUUCGAGCUGUUUGCGUUGCCGUUCCAUUUUUCUUAUCGAUCACUAUCGAAUAUAUAUAUAUACCUAUAUACGCCCUGCCUACCUCUCUCUAUAUAUAGUUGUUGUCUACGCAGGGCAAUUCCGGAGACAAGCUUAGGAAGGUUCUCGCGUGAGGGCUUACCCAGACAGCAAUUUACCCAUCGCUGUCCGCUAUAUAUCUAUAACCUGUCUAGCCAGCACAACUUCUGGCUUGAGUCUGUGGUGGGAAGACGAAAAGGGGAAUUUUAGUUGCCAGGCUUAUCCGCCGCUAGAACAAAAAGGAUAAAAAAGCGGUGUGGUGUGUGGGAGAGCUUGUAUCUCUCUCGCUCUGUGUGUGUGCCUGUGUGUGUGCGUGUGUGCGCGUUUGGACCACGGACCGGAGAUUGUUCAACAUUAUUUUGCUUGGGAGAGAAACGACAUAAUACAGUGGCUGAAAGAGUCCAGUGCAUCGACCCGCCCGUGGAAAGGAAAAAGAACGACGACGACAGACGAACGAAGGUUUCUGUUGACAGGCGAGCAAUAACAAUGGCCCAGUCGUGCAAGAUGGAGUCGCGGACGGGGAGGACGAACCAGCGCUACAGCCCCAGCGGCGAACGACUCGUCGCCGGCGUCGUCCCCAUCUCCCCUGACAAGUCCAGGGUGCUCUUGAUCCAGUCUACUCGCCGCGGAGGUUGGGUUCUCCCCAAGGGCGGCUGGGAGUUGGACGAGGCGUCCGCCCAGCAGGCUGCCUGCCGCGAAGCUUGGGAGGAGGCAGGCGUCGUCUGCACUGUCCUACGUGAUCUAGGCAAGAUCGCAGACAUGCGGACCCCGGCCCAGGUGUCCCUGAAGGCACCCAAGGUGCUGUAUCAAUUCUUCGAGGUUCGCGUUGACCGCGAGGAAGCCCAGUGGCCCGAAAUGCACAAGCGGAAACGACAAUGGGUUACCUAUGCGCAGGCCGCGGCGGCAUUGGCGACUCGCCCGGAGCUCCUCGAUGCUCUAAAUCGCAGCUCUCUCAAGAGAUCAUAGUACUCGAUAUUUGUACCCGGCUGGCUUUUAUUUCUCUUGGUAAUGGCUGCAUAUUGCCUUACUUUUGGGAUGAUUUUAUCUAUUGCCGUCUCACUGCCUAUUACUUUUCAACAUAUCGUGGAACUAUUCAGCUGAUUCCUUGGAGGACAUCGUCGACACACAACCUGUCGUUUUGAUCAGUCUCCUCCGUUAUGCCGGGGACUAAUUACAUCAUAUUGGAAUUUCUUUUGAUAGAGAUUACCAGCCCCUCUGUUUUAUUGUUAGAAUUUAUGCGCAAAGUGCGGCAAAAUUUCUUCGUCCUACUCCUUGUUCGACCUCACUACCCUUUCGAGUUUUGUAUUAGACAAUAUUGCUAAAUGCGUUUCGAGAUCCGCGGCCAAUGCUCUCAUCCCACCGACAGCAGGCUAACAUCAUUUCUUGAUGUUAUGAAUACACGAUAUAUUCUAAAAUUUAUCCUUCACAUCUAGAACCUCCUCUUCCCAUAUAUAUAUAUAUAUUUGCUCCCGCUAUCCAAAUCACCCUGUCCUCUACACAUUUCCCCUUUCGUCUAGCCAAGACCCAAUCAUCCUCUGGGUGGCUCACAUGUUUUAUCUUGUUGUCUAGUUUUCCCGGGAGACCUCCUUUCUACCCUUCUUCUUCAGGGCAAAGGAAAGCCCUUGUCUCUACAUACAUAUCGCUAGCUAGCCCUCGUUUUCCACCACCUCUUCGCUCAACCCCCAUUCCGAACCUUAGAGAGUUCUGUUUUCCUGAAUGGUUUCGAUGAUAGAAAAUGAUUUGCCCCCUGUUUGUAUCCCCAUAACUGUUUUUCGUUAGUUGAGCUGAUUAGAAGAUAUUUUGGAGGUGGGGGAGUGGGGGACCAAAUUAGUAUUUGGUGCAUUUGUGCUGCAUUUGUUCCUUUGCCUUUUUCUUUUCUUCGGUCAAGCACUAUAUUUAGACGGACGGUUCUGUUAUUUAUUUAUUUAUUCAUUUCCUCUUAUUUUUGGAUGCUGUGAUGCACCGCCAUAAGUCUCCUUUCUUUUCUUGGUCGCCAGUUUACCCAACCACCAUCUUUUUGUUUUUAAUCCUGAUUUCGACCUUUCUCAUAUCGGGUCCCCCUUAUAUUUUGCCCGACUUAUGUUGUGAUAUACCAACAAACCAUAGACGGGAGAAACUCCUUUGCCGUUGAUUUUAGUGGGGCGAGGAGAUGGCUUUAUGCUUAGAUCUGUUCAUCCAUGGUUUGGCGUGUUGUUUGUUGUCUGCCUUAUUUCUUGCCUUUCUUAAGAGCGAGGAAUCUGGAAUUAGGAACCACUUCCCUUUCCCCUUUUUUAAAAUCGAUGCUCUUUUAUGAUAAAACCAAACGAACAAAACGACACGACUGCACGGCAAUUUCUCUAUAUUUCGAGGUCAUUCAAUAUUUUAUCCAUUUUGCUUUGUUUGCAUUCCCUAUGAGUUAUGAUAACUAUCAUUUUGGUUACAUCCUUCACACACUGCAAGGUUGAGAGUGAGUGGAGUUUUGCACGGGAGUGUUGAUUUUACUAUAUUUUUAUUAUAUAUUCUGUUAGUUGGUGUAUUGGGAUGGGAUGGGAAAUAACGAAUAGAAUGAUUGCACGGAACAGAAUGAAUGUGGUUUUUCUUCUUUCAUCGGGAGUAUUCUAGGAACAUUCGGAUAAACUAUUCACCGACAACGCUUCUCUAGUCCCAAUCAAGGAACAUCGA